AUGUUUGCCAUCCCUUUUCAUUCCGACACGACCGUCCUCAACACGAGACCUCCUACUCACGACGCAAGCUCAGUAGCAGCUGGAGGUGAAGGUUCCAUCCGUUCUGAUCGAGCUGGAUCGAUCGCGAGCAGCCAGACGGGUAGUACAGGAGCUUAUAGCUACACCGCAAGGGCGUUGCAAGAGCAACAACAGUUGAUGGCGAACCGGAUCAUGAUGGGAGGGAGCAGCUGGGACUCGGCAGAGGACGUCAUUGUCAGUCUCAAGUUUCUGCAACCCUUCGUCAAGGCGGGGGAGGCGGACGCCGUGCUGGUUGCGAAUUCGAUCCCGAACUCGAGAGCCGGAUCUGGAGGGGAUUUCGCGUUCACUCAUCCGAACCCAUUUGCUGGAGGAGGCUCGGAUGAGCCGCCCAAGACGGCAAGUUCGCAUGCCACCUCGGUCGCCUCGUCGAAACGUUCGACGGGGUCGACCUCGUUGACGGCGAUGGAGUCCGAGGUGUACGGGAUCUUGAAGAUGUACGUGGAGAACAAGCUGAAGAAGAAACGAGGGGGCAAGGAAAAGCGGAUGAUCGAAGUUGGCAAAAAGAUCGAGGUGCUGGAAGACGAGUUUCCGGAUUGCGCGACGUACAUCAAGUUGUUCAAGCGCGUUCGAGAGAGUCACGAUCUUCCUCCUCGAGAAACGCCUCAGUCUCUCGAACCCGAGACGUCGCAGCAGAACGACGCUGGGCAAUCCGGUCUCCAUCGCGAUCACCACGCCUCGUCCGCCUCGUUUAUCGACCCGUUCGAUUCACUCCCUCGUACAGCUCCCCGAUACACGCACCACCACACCGCAUCCACCUCUUCCUCCCUCUCCCGUCAAGUUUCCCCGGCUGCCUCGGUCUCGCUCGGCGCAGCAGCUCGACCUCCGACGAGAAAGUUGUCCAAGCGGGGCAAAGGUCAGGGACACGAGAGCAAGCCUUCGACGAGCUCGUACUCAAGCCAGUCGAGCUUUUCACCGUCCAUCACGGCGGACGAUAUUUUCGUCAAUUUCGGGUUGAACAAGGUUGACCCCGGCUCGACGUCCAUGGUAAACUCCGUGAAUACCAAUCACAAGGCGGGAAAGAGGCCGAGCAUGAGCUUGUUCACAACGUUUGGGAACACGCAAAAGAAGAGAUCAGAGACGGUCGACGCGGAGAUCAGUUGGCCCUUGCCUAGCCCGACCACCGCGGGGAAAAUGACGAGCGAACAAGAACAGGCCGAGGUCGUCAAGGCAAAGAUCGCCGAGGCGUUCUUGGAGGGUGUCCCGGGCAGGGAGAGGAAGGUUUCGGCGCUCGGCGAUGCGCCGUGGGCCGCUUCGCGGUCGAUGCCGGUACGACCGCCCAGACCGGGCUUGCCUGCGACAUCGGCUGGGGGACAUAGGUCAGAGCCGGGUAGGACUAGCAGCAGACAGGUCUCGGGCACGAUCAAAAUGGAACACAAGGACGAUAUCGAUGUCAGAGGAAACACCAUGGCAAAGGCUACCGUUGAACCCAAUAGCCGACCGUCAAGCGGGUCCAGCUCGAACCGGGUGCUGCGGUCGGUAGCGAGCGCUUCCGCCAUCCGGAUUGAUCAGCCAGCCGUGGUCAGCGAUACGUUCGAGGCCGACAUAUUUGGAUCUUCGCCCGAGAAACAAGAAUCGAUGUUCGAAAGGAGGAGGGAUUCACAACGCUCGGAUACGAAGUCGAUCAGGACUACGAGCAAGAAUCUGGCGACAUCGACUGCUCCACCUCCGAUGGCCCCGCUUCCCGCCUUGCCCGAUGUCAGCGAGAUGGACGCCAUCGAUAGGACUCCCCUCCCUCGUUCCAGAUCCAACUCGACCUCGUCCACGCAGAGCCUGGCAAAACGUCAGGCCGUCUUCAUGUCUGAUGAACCCGACUAUGUACACACCGAAAACGAAGUCGAAGAACUCGUCGCAUCCGAAUCUUCCAGCGUCUCGGACAACUCGAGCGGUUCAGGACGAAGAGGCAGGUCAGCCGAGGAGAUUAUGUCGGCUUUACAAGCGAGGACGUCGGCUAUCGCUUUGCCUGGUACCCCAGCCAAGGAUCCGCUCAGACCUGCACCUCCCUCUCAGAAGCAUUCGUCCUGGAGUAGAGCUUCUGCUGGCCGCCUUUGCGAUCUUCCCGAAGAGGGCGAAGAGGCCGAAGAUGGUUCACCUCGAAGUCAAGCGAGAGCUUAUAACUUGGAGGACAGUAUGACCUCGCCCGCAUUGUCGACCCAUGGCAACCGAUAUUCGACCGACUCUUAUGAUCUCAAGAUCACCACCCCCGAAGGCGACAUCAGCUUUCAAACGGAAUAUCGACGCGACUUUGACGCCGAGCUCGGAAGCGGUCUCGCGCAGAGUCAUCUGGAACAAGAACUAUUCUUCCGAGCACCAGCCGCCAAAAGGGACAGCGCCGCGAUCCGGUCGAAUUGGAAGUGA